GUGGGCAUUGGGGGUCGACAAGAGCAACAAGAACAAGGUCUGAUGAUUCCCUCGACUCCCCAGGAUUGCUCCCCACCCCCUGACUGUGCUUCCCAUCUUUCCAUACUCUUGCUGCUGGGGAAACUGGAUGCUUAGGUCCCCCGAGAGGAGUGAAGAUGCUGAAGAACCAGGCCUGGGUCCCAGGGAUGGAGGGUGCCUGAAGGUGCGGUUGGGAGAAAGGAGGCCUGGAUAGUGGGUGAGGAAUAAAAAGAGGAAGUGAUUGGAAGGGCAGACAUCUGGGCUCUGGGGUGGAGGGCCUGAGCUGGGCAAGGAGCAAAGAUGCCAUGUGAGUCUCCUCCAUGCAUGACUCACCCACUCUUCCUCCUCCUCUUCAUUGCUCAACCCCACAUCUCCCUGGGAAUUACCUCCCUGACUGGGGAUCAAGUCAGUGCCUCACAGGGUAACUGAGUCAUGAGGGGUGGAGAAGAGGAAGGGAAGCAGAGGAUAAAUAGUAGCUUUGCCUCCCUGGCUCCUCUUUGCAUCCUCCCCGCUUUCCCAACAAUAUGCAUCUUGCUAAUUUGCUCGGCUCCUGCUCCCUCUUGCUGCUGCUGUGUCCCUCGCCUGGAUGGGUGGCCAGUGCUGACCCCGUGAAGAAGGUCACUGAAGGGAUCAGCCGAGGGCUGAGCAAUACAGAGAGAGAGGUGGGCAAGGCCCUGGAAGGCAUCAAUAAUGGAAUCCCUCAAGCUGGAAGGGAGCAAGUUUUUAAUGGACUCAGCAGUGUUGGGAGCCAGGCCAGUAAGGAGCUGGACAAGGGCAUCCAGGGGCUCAACCACAACUUGGACAAGGUAGCCCAUGGAAUCACCAGUGUUGUCGGACAAGCAGGAAAGGGAGCAGAGAAGUUUGUCCAUGGGACCAACAGUGCUACUAGACAGGUUGGGAAGGAGGCAAACAAAGUGAUUCAGGGGGUCCACGAUGGGGUCAACCAGGCAGGAAGUGAGGCAGGGAGGUUUGGCCAGGGGGUCCACCAUGCUGGGAAAGAGGGAGAAAAAAUAGUCCAGGGGGUCCAUCAUGGAGUUAAUCAGGCUGGAAAGGAGGUGGGAAAGUUUGGUCAGGGGGUCCACCAUGCUGCAGGGCAGGCUGGGAAAGAGGGAGAAAAAAUAGUCCAAGGGGUCCACGAUGGGGUCAACCAGGCCGGAAAGAAGGCAGAGAAAUUUGGCCACGGGGUCAGCCACGCUGCUGGUCAGGCUGGAAAGGAAGUGGAGAAACUUGGCCAAGGUGUCCACCACGCUGCUGGCCAGGCCGGGAAGGAGGAGGACAGGUUGCAGCAGACUGUUCAUGAUGGGACCCACCAAGCCGGCAAGGAAGCCAACCAGCUGCCGAAUGGCAGUCAUCAAGGCAGAUUCAAUGACCCGCGAGGAGGGGCUGCAAGCACAACCUUGACAUCUGGAGCUUUGGUCAACAAGCCCUUCAUUGACCUUUCAGUUCUGUGGAAGGGCAUCACCAACAUCCUUCCCUAAACUGAUGAACUGGCCUUGUUGAACAGACUGACGUUCCUGUUGUCAUAUCAGCUGAAAUGACCUGAAGGAGCCGGGGGGAAGUAGGAGGAUAGAUUUCUGGAGUCCCUUAAGGGAGCUGUACUGAGAUUUGUGGAUAAAUACAACACACUGUACUCUCAUCAUGGUCCACUGUGCUCCCUCAGGAGGGAUCCGUGGAGGAGAGGCUUGUCUUUUCUCCUCUUGCUUCUUCACCGGAGAAGCUGGGGGGUCUGAUGCACAGGAUGGGUUGAGCUAGAGAUUUCAGGCUGAUCCGAUGGAAGAGGCCAUUACAGGGACAAGCCAUGCUUCACUAGUGCAAAAUUCAUGCUCGGCACUGGGAGGAAAUUCGUGCAGGGAAGACCCCUCCAGGCCAGUAGUUGGGGGCAGAAGCACCAGGGAAAAAGUGGCAGGAACCUUGGUGAAGCCCAAGGGGGUAGCAUCCUCGUUCAGGAGUGUGGCGCCAAAGGAAUAUCAAUAGUAACUUGUGUGUAUUGCACAGUCAAGGCAUGCGAGGCUCCCUGCGCUUUAUCUGCAUGACCUCACUGAAUCCUCCCAACCAUCCAGUUAGGUAAGAGGUACUGCUGUUGCCCCAUGUUAUAGAAAAUCACAUGGAGGCUCACACAAGUUAAGAAACAUGGCUAAGAACACACAAUAAGUGGAGGGAGAAACAGCCUAAGAGCCACCAAGGGUAUUCUGAAAACGAAGAGGUCUCUCUCCUGUUUAAUAUCAGUAAGGAGGAGACUCAGUGAAUAGGAGAGAGGAAAGAGGUACAUGUGGGAGAUCCUCUCUUGGGGACAAGGGCCAAAGGCACAGGGGGUAAGCCACUCUGAUGACAGGAGGCCUCUUUACAAGGACAGGAAUAGUGACACAGGAGACCCAUCUCAAAGCCCGGACCAGUAAUGAUAGCAACUACUGCAUACCGAGCACUUCGUAGUUUCCAGGUACUGUGUGAAGGGCUGUUCAUACUCUGUAACCAUUUAAGCCUCCCACAACCCAAAGGCAGAAGUUCCCUUAUGAUCCGCAUUGUAUGGAUGAGGAAACUAAAGCUCAGAGGGGCCAGGGCACUUGCUGGGGGCAACUUAGGAGAAGGCAGCAGGCCUGUCUCUUGCCAGAACCUGACCUUGCACAGUUGCCUAUCACGUCUUUAGAACACUUGCCAAGCACGGGCCUGAGUGCUGGGAGACCUACAUUCCAGUCCGAACCGUGCGCCUGUAGGCUGCAUCCUUCCCCUCCAGGGGCCACCAUUUCCUCCCAUAUAAAGGGGUGAGGGUGUCUGCAGGAGAGGACUGCAAACAUGGCUUCCAGCUCCAAAAUUCCAUCAACCGUGGGACCAGACAUAAGAGACAGUGUUCUCGCCCUUUAGGGAAUUUACAGGCUUCGUGGGGAGGUGAGGUAUAUAAACAGAACAUGAAAACAAAUACAAAGCGAUGCAUCAAUAAGGACUAAAUGACACACCAGGGAGGGGAGGGGCCUGAUGUGCACAGUAAAGGUGAUGCUCCUGGCACUUUAUGUUCUCCUUGUUUAUCCUUAUCUGUAGAAUACCACCAUUUUUUUUUAAGUUUUAUUUUUGUUUUUUAAUUUAUUUUUUACCC